UUUCCGCAGUAGACCUGAAAACCCAGCCAGCCGCGGAUUGGCGCAUCCCGGCUGCGGCCGCCCGAGUCAUCCGAAUCGUUCUGGAACUGGGCACCAACUUGCGUGUUUGUCCGCGGCUCUUUGUGCGCGGAUCAGCUGUACCGUGGGCUCUGGCAUCUAAUCCAGGAUUUGCCUCUGCGCGAGGCUUAUGGAAAGCAGAUGUCUCGCCGCUCUGGGACUGAGCACAGAAUGGAAGUGACCCAGAGAGGAGCUGUUUGGUACAGACGACACGGAGGGAAGGCCCCGGCGCGGCCCGCGAGGCCAGCUCCGCUCCUCGCGUCUGUCCUCUCUGCCGAGCCCGCCGCUCAGAUCGCGUCCCGCGAGCGAGCCGUGUGACCGUGAGACCGCGUGGGGCGGGAGCCGGGACACCGGGGUCCGGGGCCGCCAGAGAUCCGGGUGCGAACAGCAGCCGCAAGGGUCGCGCAGUGUGCAGGGUCGAGGACAGCCGGCCCCCCAUGUCAGUGGUCUAGGAUGGCCAGUGAGGGUGCCAGCAUCCCAAGUCCUGUGGUGCGCCAGAUUGACAAGCAGUUUCUGAUCUGCAGUAUAUGCCUGGAACGGUACAAGAACCCCAAGGUCCUGCCCUGUCUGCACACUUUCUGCGAGAGGUGCCUGCAGAACUACAUCCCAGCCCACAGCUUAACCCUCUCCUGCCCGGUGUGUCGCCAGACCUCCAUCCUGCCUGAGAAAGGGGUGGCCGCGCUCCAGAACAACUUCUUUAUCACGAACCUCAUGGAUGUGCUGCAGCGAACGCCAGGCAGCAACGGCGAGGACUCUUCCAUCCUGGAGACGGUCACCGCUGUGGCUGCAGGAAAGCCUCUUUCGUGCCCAAACCAUGAUGGAAAUGUGAUGGAAUUUUACUGCCAGUCCUGUGAGACCGCCAUGUGUCGGGAAUGCACGGAGGGGGAGCACGCGGAGCACCCCACAGUCCCGCUGAAGGAUGUGGUGGAGCAGCACAAGGCCUCGCUCCAGGUCCAGCUGGACGCAGUCAACAAAAGACUCCCAGAAAUAGAUUCUGCUCUUCAGUUCAUCUCAGAAAUCAUCCAUCAGUUAACCAACCAAAAGGCUAGCAUUGUGGACGACAUCCACUCCACCUUUGAUGAGCUGCAGAAGACUUUAAAUGUUCGCAAGAGCGUGCUGCUCAUGGAGUUGGAGGUCAACUAUGGUCUCAAACACAAAGUGCUGCAGUCGCAGCUGGAUACCCUGCUCCAAGGCCAGGAAAGCAUUAAGAGCUGCAGCAACUUCACGGCGCAGGCCCUCAACCAUGGCACGGAGACGGAGGUGCUGCUGGUGAAGAAGCAGAUGAGCGAGAAGCUGAACGAACUGGCGGACCAGGACUUCCCACUGCACCCGCGCGAGAACGACCAGCUGGAUUUUAUCGUGGAAACGGAGGGACUGAAGAAGUCUAUCCACAACCUGGGGACCAUCCUCACCACUAACGCGGUCGCCUCUGAGACGGUGGCCACGGGCGAGGGGCUGCGGCAGACCAUCAUCGGGCAGCCCAUGUCCGUUACUAUAACCACCAAGGACAAAGACGGAGAGCUGUGCAAGACAGGCAACGCAUACCUCACCGCUGAGCUCAGCACCCCGGACGGCAGCGUGGCGGACGGAGAGAUCCUGGACAACAAGAACGGCACCUACGAGUUCCUGUAUACUGUGCAGAAGGAGGGGGACUUCACCCUGUCCCUCAGGCUCUACGACCAGCAUAUCCGAGGCAGCCCGUUUAAGCUCAAGGUCAUCCGCUCAGCCGACGUGUCCCCCACCACCGAGGGCGUGAAGCGACGAGUCAAGUCCCCCGGGAGUGGGCACGUCAAGCAGAAGGCUGUGAAGAGACCUGCCAGCAUGUACAGCACCGGCAAGCGAAAAGAGAACCCCAUCGAGGACGACCUGAUCUUCCGAGUCGGUACCAAAGGAAGAAACAAAGGAGAAUUUACAAACCUGCAGGGUGUGGCUGCAUCUACGAGUGGAAAGAUAUUAAUUGCGGACAGUAACAACCAGUGUGUGCAGAUCUUUUCCAAUGAUGGACAGUUCAAAAGUCGUUUCGGCAUCCGAGGACGAUCACCCGGACAGCUCCAGCGGCCCACGGGGGUAGCGGUGCACCCCAGUGGGGACAUCAUCAUUGCAGAUUAUGACAACAAGUGGGUUAGCAUUUUCUCCAAUGAUGGGAAGUUUAAGACAAAAAUUGGAUCAGGAAAACUGAUGGGGCCCAAAGGAGUUUCUGUGGACCGCAAUGGGCACAUUAUUGUGGUGGACAACAAGGCGUGCUGUGUGUUCAUCUUCCAGCCCAACGGGAAAAUAGUCACCAGGUUUGGUAGCCGAGGAAACGGGGACAGGCAGUUUGCAGGUCCCCACUUUGCAGCUGUGAAUAGCAAUAAUGAGAUCAUCAUUACAGAUUUCCAUAAUCACUCUGUCAAGGUAUUUAAUCAGGAAGGAGAAUUCAUGUUGAAGUUCGGCUCCAAUGGAGAAGGAAAUGGGCAGUUUAAUGCACCAACAGGUGUGGCCGUAGACUCAAAUGGGAACAUCAUUGUGGCUGACUGGGGCAACAGCAGGAUCCAGGUUUUUGAUGGGAGUGGAUCAUUUUUGUCCUAUAUCAACACAUCUGCUGACCCGCUCUAUGGUCCCCAGGGCCUGGCUCUCACUUCAGAUGGCCACGUUGUGGUUGCAGACUCCGGAAACCACUGUUUCAAGGUCUACCGGUACUUACAGUAACAGCGGACAACUCUGUACUGAGGUCUUGCACUAGAAACUGGAAUGGAGUUCUCAAGGUGGGACCAGACUACGAUAGAACUUUUCAUACUAGGAAGAAUCUUCGGUGAACUUCCCAAGGUUAUUUCUGAAUGUAAUCCUUUCUUUAAAAACUGUCUAUCCAAUUUCCGUAAUUCACUUUUAGGAUUUAAAAAGAAUCUUCUUCUACUGAAUCUAUACAAACUGCGAAGUUUUACACCCAUGAACUAUGGCUCAUAGGACAGGGAUUUCUGUAGUUAAACUAAUUUUGCAAAUCAGACGUUAAAAAGAAUUAGCGUAUCUGUUGACUGGUGAAUGAAUGAUAGCCUUUGCAUAGAGCUUCCAAGAACAAAACUUGUAGUUGCCUAUUUUAUUUAACUUCGAUCACAAGACCCAAGGGACCGUCUAACCUCACUUUUACAGUAGGUGUUAUUAUUCUGGUAACAUGUUUUUGCUUAUCAACAACCACAUAUAAAUUACCUUAGAAAAAUCCAAGGCUGUCUUGCAAGAUCCUCUCAGCUCAACUCAGGCCCUGAGUUGAGCCCAUCAGAAUCAAUGCAAAUUCCCCAAAUUUCCUGGGUUUGAUCAAAGAUCGUUUGCGUGUGUUCUCUUCACCUUCUCAUUUCUGCUCACUUUGCAUCAGAAAAUGAAAUAUAUUUUCGGGAAAACCUGAAAUUCCCAAUGCUUUGGAAGGCAUGUAGCAAAAGCAAGGGGACCCUUUGGUUACUAGCUUCAGACCAACACACUGGAAUGGAAUCAAGAGAAGUCACAUUCAUGUGCCAUGUGUUCAUGUGUCUUUCCUCUUCCACAUCACGAAAGCGAAAGCUUUACCUCCUGCAAAACGUCAGCACAUGUAGUCAGACGCCAGUGUCCUAGGACAGAGAGCCAUAAGCAGCCCUUUGGAGGACGGAUGGUGUCAACCAAAGGCAUGUGAUUGAUUCAUGAUUUCCCCUUAGAGAGCAAGUGUUACCAAAGUUCUGUUGAGCAUUACAGGUAAGGGCAUGCUGUGGUUACUUAUCAUUGUCUAAUGAGUAGUAGAGGCAUUAAGGGGGCAAGUAUACAUGGUUAGGGUAAGAUAGAAUGUAUUAUACAUAUAUAUAUAUAUAUAAAUAUAUAGCUGAGUCCUUGGUGUGUGGGAAUAGGCAGCACUCUGAAAGACAGACACAUUGUCCAGCCAUCCUUUAGCACAUUCCCUGCCUGCUGCAGUCUGAAGCCGUCCCUGGAGAGUGAGCCCCACAGCAGCUUUCCGCGUUGCCAUUUCCUGGCAUGAUGGUGAUGUCUGGCUUCCAGUCAAAUUACCUUCUUUGUGUUCAAGAAAAAAAAGAAAGAAAGGAAGAAAAAAAGGAAGAAGGGAAGGAAGAAAGAAAGAAGGAAGGAAGGAAAGAAGAAAGAAAAGAAAAGAAAGAAAGAAAGAAAGAAAGAAAGAAAGAAAGAAAGAAGUCUUUAAACAUUGAGUUUGAGUUACCUUUCAUUUAGGUAUAAAUGCAUUUGAGAAGCAUUACCUGUCAUGGAUACUGUAAACUAAGAUGUGUUCUCUUUCCACUGAUUUUCUACUCAGUUCUACUAAAUAGGAAUGUUGUGCUUGGCGUGUUUGAUGAUGACGUUGCGAUGUCAUUCACUGAAAGCACCUUAGAUAUCUACUGUAAAAGACAUCUUCCCUUAGAUACAAAUGAUGUUUAUGGCUUAUUAUCUUAGAAUUCAAAUGUUCUUGACAUAAAUUUAAAAAAAAAAUUUCGAAGGGAAAUCUGGCUACUUCCAAUGGUCUAUUUAAUUCAUUAUGCCCAAAUCAACAUCUGGGUGGAAAAACUUUAUUUUCAGAAGAUUUACAUCGGUGUUUAGCUUAUUAUUAUUUUAGUUCUGUGGGAAUUUAAAAUACACAAGCCUGUCUUUACUAGACAUAAAAUUUAAUACCAAUUUUAGAACGAUAAGGUAAGACUGCUUCUGAAUAUCAUGAAAUAAGUCUUUGAUAUUUUGGUUUUAAUUUUUUUUUCUUGGUGCUGGGGAUGGUACUCACGGCCUCAGAUAUAUUCAGCCAGAGCCCUACAGUCGGGCAGAGCCUGCAGCCCAACCCUCAGUAUGAACAUCAGUGUUCUUCCCUCCAGGCUUCCGACCAGGGGCCAGGAAUGCAUCUAGGCACUGGGACCAGAGGGAUGCAUAGAAGAGAAAGGCAUCUCUGCCCUGUACAGCUUAUCCUCUGGAAAGGAGACAUUGUUGUGCUGUUUAUUAAUAGUCUGCCUGCAGGACUGUUUCUGUUUCUGGGCUACUUAAAAGAAAGCUUUUUAAAAAAAAAAUGAGUAAACUAAUUGUAGUUAAUUUUCACAAGCAGAAAUUUUGUUUUGUUUUUGUUUUUUGUAUUUUGUUUUCCAAGACAGUGUUUCUCUAUGUAGCCCUGGCUGUUCUGGAACUCACUCUGUAGACCAGGCUGCCUCUGCCUCCCAAGUGCUGGGAUUAAGGACGUGUGCCACCACUGCCCGGCCAGAAAACAUUUUUUUAAAGAGGCUGCCAUGGGCUGUUUUUGGUUGGUUGGUUGGUUCUUUGUUUUGCGGUGCUGGUGAUGGAAUCAGGGCUCUGCAACUGAGCCGCACCUCCACGUUACAACUCUUAUUUUGAAAAUGAAUUUACCAAAUGAGUUCUCAUUUUGUACAAUGUUGAGAUAUUUGUGAACUGAGAAAUUAAUUCGUAAAUGAAUCAGCAGCACAUAUAAAAUAUCAUGUCAGGCUUGAUAGCUCAAUAAGAAAUAAUACAAAUUGUUUUUUUUUUUUCUUAACACACAAAUAUUGGUAUGAACUGGAAUGAAAGGGUAAUUUAAUUUAGACCUGUUCCACCAUUGGCUACUAAAGCACCUGCUGUGGGCACUGCAAGAAACACUACAUUCUGUACUUGGGUACCUGUGUGUGUUCACUGUAUUUCUUUGUGGUAAGCGAAUUGGGGAUUGGGGGGUGGAGUGCUGCUACUAAGAUAUAAAUAGACAAGGUCUAAAUGAAAUCUUGUCUCAUUUGGUCAGAAUGGUUUCUGGUAAACUGAGAAGGAUUAUUACAAUAAGUGGCUUUUUUUUGUUCUAGGCUACUGUUACUGUCCAAUUGAUCUUCGUUGAGUGUAUAGAACCCGUCACACAUUCAUGAUACGUAGCACUGAGAAAGUAAGCGUUCAACUUUCCCUUGGGCACUAAGGACAAACAGUUAGGUUUUAUAGGUUAACGAUAGUGUGUCUUCUCCCGCCAUAAACCUCCCUUGCUGGACACAGGGUGGUAGGGAGUCCCUUUGACUAUCCAGAAACACACAAUUAGAAAGUUGUUGACUGUUGGCUGGUUUUUAAAUGAUGUGUAAGAUUUUGAUGAAACUUUAGUCUCUGUAACCAAAUAAGCCCCCGAGUUUCCUAAACUUGACAAAAUUUGAGGCAAUAAGCACCCCUGGUCCAUGCAGCUGUUGCACAUCUGCUCCCACUACAUGUACAGGGUAUGUAUGUCCUCACAGGGAAUGAACUGGAAUAGCGGUACGUAACCAGGUAUAUGGAGCCUCACUCUAAAGGGUUAGCAUAAAUGCUUUGGUAAUACCUACGGAGGAAACUGGAGAGAUCAGAUCAACAUCGGGUCAUCUGUAGAUCACGUCAAUGGGAAAAGUCUCUCUAUGCAUUUGAACUGUAGAUCAUCCUCUCUGUUCACCAGCUUCUGAACAGGGAAGAGGAAUUUCUUUUUUUGGUGAAUGCUUUUAAAACAAGACCUUUUUCCAAGUAGGAUAGCAUUGAAGCUGCCUGAUGCAAACCUUAUCUAAUUUCCCUUAAAAUCAAAAGUCCUAAUACUGUUACUUUAUGUAAAUGUUGCAGGGUGUUUAAAAUUUUACAAUUAUUUUAAUAUUUUUGAUAACUAGGAAUCUAGUAUUGCCAUAAAGGAAACUAAGUGCCCAUUAAAAAUUUGUUUGGUAUAAAUAAAUACUUUUUUUGGUUUUGUUUCAAAUGACAGUAAGCUACAAAUCACGACGCUAAUCUUAAAAAACACUUUCUAAUGAGCUGUGUGGUAGUUGAUUGUGUGGUCUGUUUGUGGAGAAUGUAUGGAUGCGAUUCAUUAGUAUUCUAGAAGAGAUUAAUAAUCAGCUAUGUUGUUCCAAUGAAUGUACAGCACUUCCAUUAACUUUUGAAAGCAACACAGCCUUAACCUCAUGCUUUUGCUUUACAACAUGGGACGUUGUGCGAUCAACAGAGUACCCUCUGCUUACGUUCUUUCUCACCAUUCCUGACUGCAGCCAUCGGAGGCUGCCUACGAGAAUGGGGGUUGUUUGUUCCCUUUUCGUUUCUUUGAAGAUUUUGUACAUUCCACCAUGACACAUCUGUCUCAUACAUUUUGUGUACAGACCACUGGUCUUGUGUUCUCUGCCAUUGAUAAUGAUAUAGCCUCCUCAUGUGUUCUUUUAUGAAUUGAAAUGCUGACUGCCUGUUAAAAUAGAAGAACGGACGCCGUGCAUCAAUGUGUUUGUAUGUUCGUAGCUACAUACGUACCACAGUAUUUUGGAUGCUUUAGUCUAUAAAACUUUAAAUUAAUUCUGUCUUGAAACACGGGGGAAACAAGAUUCGAGUGUAUAUCGUUACCAUGCACAAAAAUCUCAGAUCAUUAUAAUAAAGCUUGUUCUCUCCAUCUGCA